AUGCAACGUGAAAUUGAUGAGUUGAAGAGGGAGUUGCGCCACGCACGGCGAAGAUGUUCAUCGCCUAACUCUGAGCUGUCCUUUAAGGAGACAGAUGGUGCUAUCUAUAGACGGAGAUCCAGAACUCCGCCCAACAAAUCUUUCUUCUACGAUGAGGAAUACCACCAUAGACAUAGACACAAGAGCCCACCUCACAAAGGCCUGGGGAACGAUGCCAUGAACAAGGCGUUGAGCCAAGUUUCUAAGUUGCCUUUCACACGAAACAUAGAAGGCGCGAGUCUUCCUCGGAGUUUCCACCAACCCACAUUUACCAUCUAUAAUGGUCGAACAGAUCCAGUGGAACAUGUCAGUCAUUUCAAUCAAAGGAUGGCCGUCCAUUCUAAGGAUGAGGCUUUGAUGUGUAAGGUCUUUCCAUCUAGUUUGGGCCUAGUGGCGAUGAGGUGGAUCAAUGGUUUGAGGGCUAAUUCUAUUGAUUCCUUUAAGAAACUCACCCGGGCCUUUGGUGCUUGCUUCAUCACUUGUAGCAGGGUUCCUCAGCCUUUGGGAUCCUUGUUAUCUAUGUCCAUGCGGGAAGGGGAAACUCUGAAGGCCUACUCAGAUAGAUAUUGGGAGAUGUUUAACGAAAUAGACAGAAAUUAUGAUGAUGUGGCCAUUAGUACUUUCAAGGCUGGCCUCCCAGCCGAGAAUGACCUGAGGAAGUCUCUAACUGGUAAGCCUGUUACCAGUGUGCGCUAA